GCCAGUUGUCAUCGCCCACGUGAUGUUGUGAAAUCAAUAAAAGCGUAGCCUACUGGGCUUCAUUGGAAACUGAGUACGCGAAAUAAGCAUUGGAGACGCGAUGACAUACGUAACACCUCUAAGAGAAAGAUAAUUGUCUGGCAAGCGUUAAAAGGCUAUUACUAAGCCCGAACCCUUGGAAAAAUACGACACAAUACUAAGAUGGCCAGCAGCUAUCGCCAGAGGUCUACAACUUAUGACAUGAGUGGCGCUAAGAAGGCACUGAUGCUAUGUGCCAUGACAGCUAAGCAAGGAGGUGAAAGUGACAUGCAGAUCAUGAGAUGCUUUUUCUCGCAAUUUGGAUUUGGAGGAUAUGGUACCAACAUAAUACCAAAUGCAUCAGCAAUGCAAAUGAGAGAAAAUAUUCAACGAUUCCGAAAUAACAUAAUGAGAGAUCAGCAACACAUCAGCUGCAUAAUGGUGUCUGUCUCCUGUCACGGAAGUGUGGAUGAAUUAGCAGGUGUAGAUGCCAAUCGAAUUAAAGUGAGUGAAAUCAUUGAGCCUUUUAGUGACGACAACUGCCCCAGGCUCAAAGGAAUACCAAAGAUCUUCAUUCUGGAUGCUUGCCGAGGAGAUGUUGAAGACGAAGGAGUACACCGUUACUCUCCCCAGCAAAUGGAUACUAAUAUGAAAAUUUUGCGGUACAGGACUAACUAUGCUCCUCCUGUCAUUAAUGAUAUGUUUACCGUCUAUCCUGCAAUGCUAGGCUAUGCAACCUUCGGCACAGAUAAAGGGGGGUUUUUACAUUUGUCCAUUCAGGAGGUAUUCCAGAAGGAGUGGCCACGCAACAGAGGGAAUCAUCUUGACGACUUAUUUUUGGAGGUCAAGAAGAAGUUCCAAGCGAUGCACAACAGACAUCCUCCUGUAGUGGUUGCCCUGGUCGAGUCCACCCUCAGGAAGCUCAUUUACCUAUAAUGUGUAUAAAUAAUGCUGCACGUUUUGCAUACACGUACAGUAUGAUAACAUAUUAUGUGCUGGGGUGAUCAUUUGUAUUAGGGAUUUACAGUGGGGACU